CACAUACAUAGGUUUAACCUUAUAUGUCGGAAGUAUGGUAUUGGAGAAAAUGUAAGGCUAACCUUUUUCACCGCAAGUGCGUGAACUUACUAUACUUUUUCUUUGUUUAAUUAGUAUAAGUUGAAAUGAGUAACGCAAAAGAAAAUUCUACGAUACCGGCAAAAAAUACGGUAACUGUUAAUACGAAAGCUCAUGGAAAAAUCGUGUUAACACUUCAAAAUUGUCUUUUACCUGAUGAAAAACUAAACUCGACGCCAUCGCAUUUGGACGGAUUGGAUGCAGAAACUGAAACCGAUCUAAGAAUAUUAGGAUGCGAAUUGAUACAGACUGCUGGUAUUUUACUGAAACUACCCCAGGUCGCAAUGGCCACAGGGCAAGUAAUAUUCCAACGAUUUUAUUACAGUAAAUCGUUAGUUAGACAUAAUAUGGAAACAACUGCAAUGGGUUGUAUUUGUUUAGCUAGUAAAAUUGAAGAGGCCCCGAGACGUAUCAGGGAUGUUAUCAAUGUGUUUAAUCACAUAAAACAAGUUUCCAGUCAAAAGCCAAUACAACCUGUAAUACUUGAUCAAAAUUAUGUAGCCCUGAAGAAUCAAGUAAUUAAAUCUGAAAGGAGAGUCUUAAAAGAGUUAGGUUUCUGCGUCCAUGUAAAACACCCUCACAAAAUUAUUGUUAUGUAUUUACAAGUACUGGGACACGAAAAAAAUCAGGCUUUAAUGCAACAAUGUUGGAAUUAUAUGAAUGAUUCUUUAAGGUCUGAUGUGUUCUUAAGACAUCAACCAGAAACUGUUGCUUGUGCAUGUGUAUAUUUGGGAGCAAGACAGCUACAAUUACCUUUACCUACUUCACCUGCUUGGUUUUCUCUUUUUAAAGUUAAUGAAUCUGCUAUUAGAGAUGUUUGCCGUCGUAUAUUACGACUUUAUUUCCGACCCCGUGUUAAACCGGAACAGUUAGAAAAACGAGUAGAAGAACUUCGUCGACAAUACGAAGAAGCAAGAACCAAAGCAAGAAGUGGAGAUGUAGAUAGCCACACACCUAGCCCACCACUGCCUAAACAUCAUAAUGCCUGGGGUGGAUUCAUUAGCCGCAGUGGUACACAUGCUAUGCCAGAAAGAACAAAGUCACCUAGACGAUCAAAAUCACCAAGUACUUCACCAUCUAGAGGUGAAGGAACAAAGCAUUCCAAGAGAAAGAAACAUAGUAGAAGCAGAUCUCGCAGCCAUAGUCAUGGACGAUCUCGAAAACCGAAAAAGGCUCAGCGAAGACGAUCUGGCAGUCAUAAAUCAUCACGUAGUCGUUAUAGAUCACGUAGUCGAUCACGAGAUAGAGAUGUAGAAAAAUCAAGUAAACACCGCAGUAAGCACAGACGACAUUGAAUGUAUGAGGAGAUCAUCAUGUAUAUUACAAAAAGGAAUAUUGCAAUUACGUGAACAAGUUAUAUUCAAUUUGUAAUAUAAUACGGGGCCUUUUUUUACCUCUGUUGAUUAACCCAUUUGCAUCCAAGCGCGGAUUAUUACGCAAUCGGACGACUGUCUUCUAUCACCAAGCGCGGAUUAUUACGCGCACUGCGACUGCUCUUUUUUUAUUUCCAUUUUAAUCUAAAUAAUUUUUGUUUUAAAUAAAUAACUUUUACUUUUUUCCUCUGUUAUAAAGAAUGUAAGGUGCGAUGUUUGCGAAGUAACAUCGUCUACCAAUCGUUUUGAGCAGUAAAUUUUCGAUAAACUCUAUAAAGAAUUCGGAAGUCAUUUACUGCACCUACGAUCGACCGCACGCGGUGAUAGGGACCAGUCCUCUUAAGUAGGGCCAUGAUGCAAAUGAUUAAAAUGCAAUUUAAAUAGAACAAUCGAUUCUACUGUAUAGUAUCUUGAGUUAAUUUAACGAUGAUAAUAGUAGGUUUUAAAUAAAUUUUUUCUAAGAGUGUGCGUUAAGUCACAUGUACCUCAAGGAAGACGGUACAUUUUAAAAGAAUAUUACAAGUAAUGAUACUUAAGAAGGCGUGUAUUUAAUACAAAACUUGAAAAUAAAGUUUUAUAUUCAUGUA